AUGCAUUUCCGUUCAUUUAUCUCAGAUGGUGCCGAAAUUCGUGAGGAAAGUUGGACAGCUCAUAUCACGGUAUUCGAAGUUGAUUGCGAAAAUUCUCCACGAGAACUUCAUAAAGCCAGUAGCAGGGUCUGUGGUGGUAUCAAAGUAGAUGAAGAAUUCUAUCAGUUUCUUAAUGGUGUGUUCGGUGAGCUAGUAUUUUCAAGAUUUUGCAAAGAACUUCAACAAGAUUAUCUGGAUUUUCAACGGGAUAUUGAAUUCGAAAAAAGAAGGGUGGGAAGCAAAUCAACUAAAUUGAUAUCAUUUCGUUUACCUUGUGGACUUUUGGAUAUUCUUCAAGAAGAAACCGGAAAAACUUUAAAAGAGGUAGUGGAGGAAUCACCUUACCGUAACUUUUUGUCCAUAAAGAGAGAAAAAUUACAAAUUGAAUCAGAGUUUUUAGAAUCUAUGUUUACAAAUUGCUGUGAAUCAAUUGUCAGAAACAUUUCUAAUAUACUUGAAACAAGUGCUGCCGAGGGAUUACAGUUAUUGGUGAUGGCUGGCGGUAUUUCAAACAGUGAACUGGUAAAAGAGGCUGUUGCGAAUGCAUUUCCUAAUUUGAUAGUUAUGGUACCAGAAAAUGCUGAAACAGCUAUGAUGUCAGGUGCUCUGUGGUCCGCAUUUAACCCGAUCAGUAUUCCUAUUCGUGUAUUGCCAUAUACAUAUGGGAUCAAAAUAUUGCCGCUGUUUGAUCCCUCAGUGCACUCGGAAGACCGACGUGUAAGAAUCAACGGAAAAGACCGUUGCAAAAAUGUUUUCAGGAAGUACGCUGGUGUUAACGAAGAAGUAGAAAAAGACGCUAUAACCUGUCAUGAGCACACAACAGUUUUCCCAUUUCAAAAGGAAAUGUUUCUGGAAAUUUAUGGAACAAAUAAGCCAAAUCCUAUGUAUGUUGACGAAUUUGACGUCGUCAGACUCGGUACAUUAUCUGUACAACUUUGUCAAGGUCGGCAAGAAUGCGUUGUCAAUGUUAAAUUCGUGUUUGGUGGUACGGAAAUAAAAAUAGAAGCAACUGACCUGUCAAAUAAUCGUAAAUUCACAACGUCUUUAAAUUAUCUGACGUAA